CAUUAAGUUUGAAGUAAAAUAAUAGUAUUACAUAUUAUAUUAUUUAUUACAUCAAAGUCAAUUACAAUUAAAAACAAAGACAAAAUGGAUUCAAAAAAUAUUUAUUCUUGUGAAACACAAUGUGAUCCUCAAGACUUGGAGUUUUCCGACUCUAAUCAAGAAUCAGAUAAACAAUGUCAAGAGACUCAGUUAGAAUCAGAUUUAUUUUUUAGUGAGUCUGAAUUUGAUCCAAUGCCACAUUCAAUAUUCAACAGCCCAAAAACAUAUAAACGCAAUGCCAAUAAAUGUAUAGAUUAUUAUGAAUCCAACAGUGAUGAAGAAGGUACAAAAAAGCCUAGGAGACGUAGAAGAAAAAAGCGUGUUCAAUGUCCAAAAUGCAAUAAAAUCUACAGCACUCCUUGCAGAUUGGGUAUUCACUUGUAUUCCCACAAGAAGAUUAAACCUUACACUUGUGAAUUUUGUUACAAAGGCUUCAUCUUUGAAAGUGACUUAGAAAGGCAUAAACGUCUCCAUACUGGUGAUAAGCCUUUUCAAUGCAAACUAUGUGAUAAAUCAUUUACAGCGAACAAUGAUUUGUCAAGACACAUGAGGAUUCACACCGGUGAGCGUCGGUUUGAAUGCAAGGAGUGCAAUAAAUCUUUUGCACAAUCUUAUAAUUUAAAAAUUCACAUGGAAACACAUUCGGGGCCUGCACAUAAUCACAAAUGUGAAAUAUGUGGUACAACAUUUACUAGGAAAAGUAAUUUAAAAAGACAUAUGGAUGGUCAUGGGGAAGUUAGAAAAUAUAAAUGUGAGAAAUGUGAUGAAAGUUUUAGUGUUCUGGACAGUUUGAAGCGGCAUAAGCUUAUACACGAGAAUAAGCAGCCUCACGUUUGUGAAAUAUGUCAUCAAGCGUUUUCACAAUCGAAUAAUUUGAAGAGACACAUGGAUAGACUGCAUUGA